AGGGAGUAAGAAACUUCUCCAUUGCACGUGGUCCAGGGCUUGCAUGGCUCUGCAGGACUGGGGGUCAUGGUGAGAAGCUGCAGCUGGGAGAGUCCCCUGAGUGAGGUGCAGCAGUUGAUGUUUUAAUUCAGGCACAUUUUAAUUACUGUUUUCUUAUUCGGAUGGCUCCCUCCUACAUGUGGCUGCGGAGGCAGAGAGAGCUGAGACACCAAACUGGGGAAGCCCAAGGUGCUAUGGUGUGAUCUGAGUCCUCACAAGCCCUCUCUCCCAAUCCCCUUUGCAAAUACCUCUGUGGGUAAUUGCAAAUGUUUCAUCUGAGAUUAAAAAGAACACCAUUCCUACCAGUUCCAGGUAAGCCCAAAUUUGCCUCUGGUGAUUAAACUGAUGACAGAAACUAGUAUUUUCCAGCUUUCACACGGCCAGAACCACAUGAGACUCCACUCUGGGAAGUGUGCAUUUCUUACAAGGCCACUGCCUACCCAUUGAUGGUAGGCAGGGACCUGCUGUGAAAUGAUGCAUAUCAUAUGUGUGAUUCGCAAAAUCUAGAAAAUGUGUUUUACAAUUUACAUAAAUUUACAAACAUUUGCAUUGUGUGUGCAUGAUUAUAUACCUAUAUAAGGUUUGAUGCUGCAUACAUGGACUGAAAAAGGAAGACAGUCUGGCUCUGGAUAGGCAGUAUGGUAAAUACAUGCUUGAACAUACACUGGGAGGCUGCUCUCCCAGCUGUCCAGAACAGGAACCUUUUAAAUUUUUCUUAGCUCUGUUACCAGGGCCCAAACCUGGAAACAAGUAAGAAGUAAAUAUGAUCAAGUCUCAUUAGUAUGAUUCUACUGAAAUCUGGUAAAAUUAGUAUGUUAUGGUUCUUGCUCUUAAGUAUUUCUGAAAAAGUUUUAAUGGGUUUUAACAGAAAAUUGCUCUCAUUUACUUUCUUAGUUCAAUAUUUGAAGGACUUUUGCUUGUACGUAUGUCCUGGUUUAACCCCAGCUGGCAGCUAAGCCUCACACAGCCUCUCACUCACCCCCCACUGAGAGAACAGAGAGAAUCUGGAGGGUAGAAGUGAGAAUGCUUGUGGGUUGAGAUAAAGACAGUUUAAUAGGUAAAGCAAAAGCUGCACAUGCAGGCAAAGCAAAACAAGGAAUUCAUUCACCAUGUUCCAUGGCCAGGCAGGUGUUCAGCCAUUUCCAGGAGAACAGGGCUCCAUUACACAUAACAGUUACUUGGGAAGGCAAACUCUUAAAAUCCCUCCUUUCAUUCUUCCCCCUGCUUCACAGGCUUAGCAUGACCCCAUAUGACAUGGGAUAUCCCUCCUUGGGUUAGUUGGGGUAAGCUGUCCGAACUGUAUCCCCUCCCAACUCCUUGUGCACCCUCAGCCCUUGCUGGUGGGGUGAAGAAGAAAAGGUCUUUGUGUAAGCAACUGGUCAGCAAUAGCUAAAACAUCCCUGAAUUAUCACUACUGUUCCCAGCACAAACCCAAAACGCAUCCCGGCACCAGCUACUGUGAAAAGCAUUAACUCUACCCCAUGCAAAACCAGCACCCCAUAAUACUGGAAUUCAUGUGACAGAGAAAAGCCAGACCCUCAAACAGUCUUGUGAGAGCUGGCAACAGGAGUGAACCUCUUCUGCAGCUCUGUUGUUGACUCCAGAACAUCAUCCGUUCCUGAAAACACUAUUUUCAGGGUAUUCAUGUGCUUCCUCCCAGGCCACUGAAGAUGAACAGAUGCACAGCAGAUUUUGUAUAAUCUUUUUUUUUGUGUGCGUGUGUAUAUAUAUAUGUAUGCAUAUGUAUAUUAUCACACAACUUUACUUAUGUAUUUAAUUAAAGCAAUUUUAAAGUUAACCACAAGACUACUAUGAGGUAUACAUUCAAUAAAAAAUAGAUCUGCAGAAUACUGUAUUUAAAGAGAAGGUUAAUUUAAAUGUGAACUUUAGAAAUAUUUUCAAAAUUCACUAAUCACUGCAAAAAUGCAUUUAACUGGGAGGAAUUUCAGUAAGUCAGGACUCCAAUUCUGUUUGUUUCAUGCCUUUGAGAACACCAGCUGAAGUUGGACUAUUCUUAUGGGUGAAAUGACCUGAAUUUGGUUCCAGGAACCUGCAAUGCAGGUUAGGCCUGCAACUCAAAAGCUUUUCAUUGCUUGGAAAGGGGAAUUCGAGCAAAAAAGGGGGCUCUAACAUGGUUUUAGGGAGUCUAGGCAGAACAUUACAGUCAGAAGGCAUAGAUUUUCCAUGAAAUCUACAGAUCUGAGGAUUGUAAAGUUGGUUUUCUCUAUUUUUAGAUAGGAAGCCACUUCCAGUUCUUCCUAAAGAACGGGAGGAGCAGGGAUGAAUGCUUAUUCCCCUGGUAAAAUUCCCCCACCCUAGCGCUCUAAAAUAGUAGUUGGUGGACCUGUGGGUUAAUGGAAUGGGUAGCUGAAGCAUUAUAUUUUUCUCACCAGGUUAAUUUAUGGAGAUGUGUAUGAUAUUUUGUCUCUUUUUGGAUUUGCUUUGAUAAUUUUUCUCUCUCUCAAAAUUUAUUUGUAACCAGAUACACAGCACUUUAAUCUGUUACAAGGAUGAAUGAAUGCCCAUCAUUGUUACUGUUUGAAUCCCUUUCAUGCAGAAAGGAGAGCUGACCUAACUUCAAAUAUGUGACUCAUGGCCCCUCCAGCAAAAAGAUCAGGAGCAGUUUCUGGGUCAGUGCAAGAGCCCCACAGGACAUGAAGAAGGUGAAGAUGGGAGGAACCUGGCUGAGUCUGCCAGUUGGACAGCACUUGCUUGCUCUGGGACACAAGCACUUUUCAAACACAUGGAGAAACAUGGUGUAUUUCAGAAAAUUCAGGCUGAUUGUUUGCCUUAUAGGGCUCAGCUGUGCUGGCCUCUGGGGGUUUUACGAUUUGACUGAAUUCUGUAUAUUCUGUGAAAACAGCCAGGAUUACAUAUUCCCCAUAGAGACUUUCAGGAGAAUCGAAGGAAACUUCUCACAGCUCCCAGAUGCAGAUUGCCAGAAGAACCCACCUUUCCUCGUCCUGCUUGUGACAUCCUCAUACCACCACAUUGAUGCCAGGAUGGCCAUCCGGCAAACCUGGGGGAAGGAGAGAACAGUUGCUGGCAAGCGCCUGGUGACAUAUUUCCUCCUGGGAAGCACUGUGAAUCUAAGGCAGCAGGCUGAUAUCACUGCUGAAAGCCAAAAGUACAAAGACAUUAUUCAAAAGAAUUUUACAGACACGUAUUACAAUUUGACUUUGAAGACCAUGAUGGGAAUUGAAUGGAUUCACAGAUUUUGUAACCAGUCCAGCUUUGUGAUGAAAACCGACACAGAUGUGUUUGUCAAUGUUUUUUACCUCACUGAGCUUCUUCUAAGGAAAAAGAGAACCACUAGAUUCUUCACAGGCUUUUUAAAACUGCAUGAGUUCCCCAUACGGAGAAGAAGGAGUAAGUGGUAUGUGAGUAAAGAGGAGUAUCCGAGAAAGACCUACCCGCCGUUUUGUUCCGGGACUGGCUACGUUUUAUCCACUGAUGUUGCUAGUCAGAUCUAUAAUAUUUCAGAGAGCAUUUCAUUCAUUAAACUGGAGGAUGUAUUCAUAGGACUGUGCCUUGCCAAACUAAAAAUUCACCUGGAGGAGCUUCAUUCAGAGCAGACUUUUUUCCCAGAGAGGAUUACGUUCUCUGUUUCUCGCUUUAAGAAAAUAGUGAUGUGCCAUGAAGUAGAACCAUCUGAGCAGUUGAGCUACUGGAAUCGCUUAGUGACAGAAACCCAUGGAUGAGUGCUCUAGCACCUUCCCUGCUCAAACUAAGAAACUGAAAUGCUCCACUUUAACAGGGCUUCUCUGAAGUCCAGCAAAACUCACAAUUAACUCUAGAUCCAUCAUGUUACAGACUUUUUUAAGGGUUAUUUUAAUCUCCAUUUCUGCCCAACAACAUUCAAAACUCUCAUCUCCCAUUCACACUCACCUCUUUGCAUCCCUUCUCUAC